AUGGAGAAUCUGUGCUUACUUGUAUUCCUCCUCUUCUUCUUCCCUCUCCUCCCCCUCCAGUCCACAGCUGCAUCGGAAUAUGUCCGCCAACCUCCUCGCCCCAUCAUCCUCACCCAUCACAACCGGUCCGAAUCCGACCCACAACAGGUUCACAUAUCGCUCGCCGGAAAAGACCACGUAAGGGUGUCGUGGGUCAGCGGGACACACCGCGUGCCGUCGGUGGUGGAAUACGGGAAGACGCCGGGGAGAUACGAGGCGUCGGCCGCCGGAGAAAGCACCAAAUACCAGUACUUCUUCUACAGCUCCGGCAAGAUUCACCAUGUCAAAAUCGGCCCGUUGGAACCGGCCACCACGUACUACUACAGGUGCGGCGAGUCGGGUCCUGAUUUCAGCUUCAGAACACCUCCGGCUACAUUUCCUAUCGAGUUUGCAGUUGUUGGUACGUCAUUCUUUCCUUGUCUCUGCUUUUGGAUGACAUACCACUUUUCUCUUUCCCCCACAGCUAACUCCGUGAGUACAGGUGACCUCGGGCAAACCGAAUGGACCGCAUCAACCCUAACCCACGUGAAUGCAAGCGACUACGACGUGUUCCUCCUGCCCGGUGACCUGUCAUACGCGGAUUCGCAGCAGCCGCUCUGGGACUCUUUUGGCCGCCUGGUCGAGCCGUAUGCGAGCCGUCGGCCAUGGAUGGUGACAGAGGGCAACCACGAGAUCGAGACCUUCCCUAUCAUCUACCCCCAUGGCUUCAAGUCCUAUAAUGCGAGGUGGCCCAUGCCCUACCGCGAGAGCGGGUCGAAGUCCAACCUGUACUACUCCUUCAACGUGGCGGGUGUCCAUGUCAUCAUGCUGGGAUCAUACACGGACUUCGAUGCCGGGUCAGAGCAGUACAAGUGGCUUGAGGCUGACCUGGCGGGAGUUGACAGGAGGGAGACACCGUGGCUCAUUGUGCUGCUCCACGCGCCGUGGUACAACUCCAACGCGGCGCACAAGGGCGAAGGAGAAAGCAUGAGGAAGGCGAUGGAGGAGAUGUUGUACAGAUCACGUGUUGACAUGGUUUUUGCUGGGCAUGUUCAUGCUUACGAACGAUUCACUAGGGUUUAUGACAACAAGGCAGACCCAUGUGGUCCGGUGCACAUCACCAUUGGUGACGGAGGAAACAGGGAAGGCCUAGCUUUUCUGUUUGAGAAGCCGAGUCCAUCGAUCUCAGAGUUUCAAGAGCCGAGCUUUGGGCAUGGGAGGCUGAGGAUUUUGGACGGCAAGCGAGCCCACUGGUCUUGGCACCGAAACGACGACUCCGACUGCGUUGUGGCUGACGAGCUGUGGCUUGAAAGCUUGAGCUCCUCCAGAGCAUGCAUGCCGACUUCUUCGGCCGAAGAUCUGCAGGGAUCAUCAGCCUCUGCUGCUACAAGGGAAGAACUCUAA